AUGCUGACCACCGAAUUGACACAGCAGCUGGGCAUCAAGCACCCCGUUAUGCUGGCUGGCAUGGGCCAGGUAUCGGGAGCCUCUCUCGUUGCCGCAGUGAGCAAUGCCGGUGGUCUGGGUGUUGUGGGGGGUGCUCUGUAUUCACCCCAGCAGCUGAAGGAUAUCUUACAAGAUGUAAAGAGUCGUCUCAAAUCACCGGAUACCCCCUUCGGCGUUGACCUGUUGAUCCCUCAAGUUGGUGGAAAUGCACGCAGAACAAAUUUCGACUAUACAAAUGGCAAGCUGAGCGAACUUAUUGAUGUCGUGGUAGAAAUGGGCGCCAAGCUUUUUGUGUCAGCCGUUGGUGUACCGCCAACAUGGGUGGUAGAAAAGCUUCACAGAGGUGGAGUGUUGUACAUGAAUCUUGUCGGACAUCCCAAGCAUGUCCGCAAGGCAUGCAAUGCAGGUGCCGAUGGUAUAAUUGCACAGGGCUACGAGGCUGGCGGCCAUACUGGUGACAUACCAUCUAGCAUAUUGCUGCCCGCAUGUGCCGAUAUUUGCAGGCAAUAUCGGUCUCCAAUGACAGGAAAGCCUGUUCUCUUGGUGGCCGGCGGGGGUAUGUUCGACGGAAGAAGCCUUGCUGCUGCUAUCAUGCUGGGAGCUAGUUCUGUAUGGAUUGGCACUCGAUUCGUGACAGCGAAAGAAUCGGAGGCACCGCAAAGUGCAAAAGAAGCGCAAGUAAUUUGUCUCCAGGAUGCCACUUGA